AGGGCCGCUCCGCUGCGCUCGGAUUUCAGCUGGUCCGGGCGGAGUCCAUGCGGGAUAAAGGACUAACACCAAUUCAGUCCAGCCGAAGGGUUUCUAACGCGCUUUAGCGAGCAACACCACCCGCUCAACAUGACCACGACGACCACUUUCCAAGGCAUGGAGCCAGGUGCCAAAAACAGCUCGAGGGUGUUGUGUCCUCCUGGCGGAGCCUCCAACAUCUCCUUCGGCGCAGAGGAAGAGAAGCCAGUGCGCAAGAACAAGAUGGCCUCCAGUAUCUUUGCUGAACCCGACGACCCUCACGCCCACCGGAGGAACAACCCGCCAGGUGGAGAAGCGUCUGGAGUGUUGUGCGGUGAACCUUCUGCUCCUCUGAGACGAUGUCAGCCUGCUAUAGUGUACGAUGAAGGUGCAGGAGAGCCACAGCCCAACCAUGAGGAUCAUCAUGAAUAUGAGCAAGAGAACCACGAGGAGUGUGUGGAGCAAAAAGAAGACUCCUCCUCGGCCUCCGCUCAGCCGUCUGCUGGAAACGCGUCCGGCCGCAGGAAUCCUCCAGGAGGAAAAUCCAGCCUGAUCCUGGGCUGAAGAAGCCUUCACUGAACUAUCUCUGCUCUUUCUGUCCCUUUCCUCCUCUUUUUUUAACGGAUCUGCCCUUUCCUUCACUCUUCUCGUGAGCCAUGGGAAUUUUUUGUCCUCCACCGUCUUUUCAUUUUUCUAUUGCAAAAAAAAAAAAACAACAAGAAGAAGAAAAAACGAAAGAAGAAAAAGCCGAGCGACGCGAUCGUUGACAGAAGCACUUUAUGUAAGAGGUCCGUUUCAGCCGCUCCUGCAGGAAUAAUGGCAUGAGAGAUUCAGAUCGACCGCGAAAAAACAAACACACACAAAAGAAAAGAGAAGAAUUGUUGCGCAAAAUUUCUAAGUACAAAUAAAGAUUGAUAUGAAUUUGA